CUAACCUAAAUUGAUCCUUCUUUUCUCUGCGUGGUCGUUCACUGUUCAGCGUGCUCUUGUGCUUGUUCUACGAUUGUAGCUAAGGUCUUCAGACAACUUGCACUAUUAUUUCUCAAAUUCAUCAUGUCUUCUACUGCCGAAUUAUCCUGUGUCUACGCUUCCCUAAUUUUAGCAGAUGAUGACAUCGCUAUUACAGGAGAAAAAAUCCAAACCAUCCUCAAGGCUGCAAAUGUUGAUGUAGAGCCUUACUGGCCAGGGCUUUUCGCUAAAGCGUUGGAAGGUGUGAACAUUAGGGAACUAGUGACAAGGUUAGGAUCUGGUGUAGGUGCCGGAGCAGGUGCAGCACAAGCUGCGCCAGCAGCUGCGGCUGCUGCUGAAGCAACACCAGCCAAAGAAGAGAAGAAGAAGGAGUCUGAGCCUGAAGAAUCUGACGAUGACAUGGGUCUUGGACUUUUCGAUUAGUGUAAUGAACAUAUUAAUUGAAUAAAUGUUUUCAUAAC